UUUGCUGGCGUGUGGAUAAAUGCUUUCAUCGUUUGUGUGCUCUGCAUUGGCUGGGUCAAAAAGAAAACCCUGAACUCUAAUGAGAAGAUCUUGCUGCUGCUGGGAUGCUGCAGCUUCUCCAGGAUUUUCUUUUUGUGCUUCUCAUGGGUAUACAACUUUCUUUAUAUAAUUGAUCCCGAGCACCUUCAUGUUCACAUAAUAUUUCAACUGUUUGCAUCUUUUCAAUCAUUUUUUAAUUAUUCCAACUUGUGUGUUUCAGCCUGUCUUUGUGUUUUUUAUUGUAUAAAAAUUGCCAAUUUCAGGAACAGCUUCUUCAACUACCUGAAAGUAAAAAUUGACAGGAUGGUGCCAUGGCUCUUGUUGGGAUCCGGGAUUUUAGCCAUGGCUAUGGGCAUUGUUACCUAUGGCCUCACUGAAACUUUGCAGAGUAACAACCUCAAUUUCACCUGCCUGGGAAAAUUUUGGAAAGCACAUAUCCGAAUUGAUAAAAAUCUUUACACUUCUUUUUUUCUCAUUGGCUUUGUAAGUGCCAUUUCAUUCAUGGCAGUCAUUUUUGCUGCUGUUCUCCUUCUCUUUUCUCUCUGGAGACACAAACGCAAGAUGCAGACAAACUCCAUGAAGGACCUCAGCGUGGAAGCCCACAUCAGAGCCAUGAAAUCUAUUCUCUCCUUCUUAGUGAUGUACAGCAUCAACUUUGUAUGUUUUGUCUUGACGAUAUAUUAUACCAUGAUGAAUGAAAAUACCAUGACACAUCUUAUGUGCAUCUAUCUGUAUGCUUUUCCAGGUGUUCAUUCCCUUAUUCUGAUUUUCAGCAAUCCCAAACUGGAAAAGGCACUGCUACAGAUCUUCUCUUGUGUGAAGUGUGACUUUUUCAUGAAGUAG